AGUUUAGAAAAUAUUAUAAGUGAUUAUUUAUACUGAUGACAAAUAGUCCGUGAGGUAGGAAAGUAGUGCAUCUGGGCACCCAGCUCGCGAGAGUAUGACCGUAGCACUCCUUUGUCGGAAGGAGGGAGAAGAUAUAGUACCGUUUACCUUGUACUUCGUAAACAAUUGAAAUCGUCAUCGUCCCUGCUUUGUUUCUCUAUCAACUUCAAACGGUUGUUUAGACAAUUCACUUGGCACUAAUUACAAGUACAGUGUGGUGGAACAACUUGACAGAGGAUAUGGAAAAUACGCGUAAGAAAGUUGUCCGGUCCAGUUGUGUUUUUGUACUUUCUGAGUAACAGUAUUUGUGAUCUUGUUGAUGUAGCCUGGGAUUACCUGAGUUUCUAGCGGAUAAGCAAGACAGAUUCCUUGGAACGGUCCCGGAAGCUGUCUGGUCAUCACGAUGGACAGGACUGAUCUCGAUUCGAUCCAGAGUAAACUUAAACUGGCGAUAAAGAACCAUCAGAUGCUGGUAGUGAAGAUGAAAGCAGAGCCCCAGAAUCAAGCAAUGAAGACUAAGCUCCAUGAACUGCAAACAGAGAUUAUGUCCCUCAGUGAGAAACAAAAAGCUGUUGUGCAGAGUUUACGAAAGGAACUGGUUCAGAAACAGAUAUCCAAUGUGGUACCUACGACGCAGAUCGCAGUGCAAGUGUCAGUCCCAGCCACAAGUCUAGCCCCCACCCCCCCACCCCCUGUGACAGCGCUGUCCAUGGGGCAACCUCCAUUAGUGGCAUGUACCCAGGUGCAGGCCCAGGCUGUUAUCCUGCCAACUACUUUCAGUGUCACUGUGCCUGCAGCUCACUCCAAGCUACAGAUCCUCUCCCAACAGGCAUGUCAAGCCGUGGUGCUACCUGUGGCGGCCACAGCCUGUCAACCCUCCGACCUCACAGUCUGCCUCGACACCACUAAACAACAACCAGUCAACAACAUCGUCAACAACAUCGUCAACAACAUCGCCACAACAACUCAGGUGCCAAUCAAACCUGCCCUGAAGCCUCUUGCCCCGCGGGGUAGCUCCCCACCUAUCAGAGUCCCACAGUACCCUGUGGUAAGCUCAGCUCCAUCGAAAGCAGUCCAGGUGAGCUACAACAGAAGGGCUCAGGGCCAGAAACCUGUCCUAGUCAAUAGCAAGAACCAUAUGCCUCCCCCUAAUUCAGCACCACAGAGACGGGUGUCCGACUCUGAUGUCACCAGAGAUUCCAGGAAGUCUGUGGACAGGAAGCAGAUCAAGCCAGAACAGAAGCAGAAAAUGGACUUCAUGGCUUCUUUGGAUCUAGUCACUCCUGAUGCAUUGAAAGAGUUGCAGUGUAAGAGAACAGAGAGAAAACGGAGGUCUACUGCCAACCCACAAUUCAGUUAUAACUUUGAACCUGAGAGAAAGAGGGUGUCCCACUAUCUGCUGAAUCCACUGCCACCAGGGGUCAAGAGGCCGAGAGGUCGGCCUCCGAAACACGGUCCCUCCCCCAACAACAGCCGCCCCACGACGCCCGACAGUCCACACAAUGGCAUGCUCUACAAGAACAACAUCAUGCGCAAUGGUUCAGGGGAGGCUGAAGUGCAUGAUGACUUCUGUGCUGUUUGUGGGAAGGAAGGAGAGUUGCUGUUAUGUAGCUCCUGUAGAAUGGUGUAUCAUCUGGACUGUCUGAACCCACCCCUCACAACUGUACCCCUGGGUCCCUGGAGUUGUCCCAAGUGUCAGGCCUCCAACAAAAAUUGGGCUGGGUCAGCAGAGACUCUGGCUCUUGUACAUUCCUACAUUGCAACAAAAGCAGCUAAAGAAGAGGAGAAGAGGAAGCUGCAGAAGAAAUCCAACGACCUUUCUACCGAGAAAAUACAACUGGAAGCCAAGUCAAAAUCGUUGAAUAACUCUUUUAAUGAACAAGUGGAAAAAAAUCAACACUUAUUAGCAACGACAAGUGAAACACAAUUGACUAUUGAGAAACUAAAGAAUGUUAUCAAAGUUGUUCAGUCAGCAUAGUACAGGCCCAAGUGCAGUGUUGCUGAUGCACUGACGUUCAUGUGUAGCUGGUGGCCAGUAGACCGACAUGCACUCCAUGCUGCUGCUGCCGCUGCUGCUGGUGGAGCAGACUUUUCUGUGACUCCCUUGCCGAUGUUGGAGGGCAGGUAUUUUGUUGGACAAGCUUGAUGUAUAUCUAAACCGAAAUGGCAAAAGUGGUCAACUCGCUUACAGCUCUUUGUGUGUUUCUGAAACCCAAGGUGACUUGCCUUUCUUGUACUGGCUUGCUGCUUAUCUGAAUCAAGAUGCAGGUGUUUCUGCUGUUAAUUCUCUGAACCAGGAUGGCAGAUGACACAUGACUUUAUCUGGAAAUAAGUCAUGAGACUUAUCUGCAUGUUGGAAACAUAUUGUAGGGAUUCCUAGUGUAACCUUCAGGCUGACUGAACUCUGCUGGCAGGCCUACUGCCGCUCAAAUCAACACAACUACUGGUGCUCUCACCCGCUACACUACUGUCUGGCUCUCUGAACUAAAUGGAUACGUCCAGAUGAUUCAAUGGAUUGCACAUGAAGAUAAAGCCUCGAUUGUACAUCACAAAAGGGUAUAUGUGGAUUGUAUGUCACAAGAGAGCCAUGGUUUGCUAUUAAUGAGUCAUGGAUUGUAAGUCAGGACAUGUCAUGGAUUGUAAGUCAGGACAUGUCAUGGAUUGUACAUCACAAAAGGCCAAUGUAUUGUGGAUUGUAUGUCACAAGAGAGCCAUGGCUUCCUUGUGAAGACACAGUCAUGGAUUGUAAGUCAGGACAAGUCAUGGAUUGCACAUCACAAGAGGGCCAUGGAUUCCAAGUCAGGAUAAGUCAGUGAUUUCACUUCAAGACAAGUCAUAGUUUGUCCAUCACGAUAGGGCCACCAUGGAUGUGAAGACAAAGUCAUGGAUUGUAUGUCCCCACCAAAAAUUUGCAGAUAUCAGUGGAUAUGUCUGCUUUUGUGGCUACUAAACAAGCUGUAUGAUCAUUGAAUGUGUAAGAAGUGCUCAAUAUUUAUUGUUGUACCUUGACUAGAUAAUAUGGCAAUGUCAGACAACUGAUCAAAUCUUCACAGUGCCAAGCAUGCCAAAAACAACACCAACUUCACAAAGAAACCUUGAUAAUCACUAUAAUCAAAUCAAGUAACUAACCCAUGUUCAUUGUUUGUCAUGAGGGCAGAAUGUUGCAUAAUAACCAUAAUAACCAUAUUAAUGUGCCCUCUGAUGUUCAUUGAUAUGGGGUAUUCUGUGUGAAUUCGUGCCCAUCAGUUGGUUCUGUACUAAAGGUUUUGAAGAAAAGUAGUUGGGAAGUAGAAUGCUUUAUUUCACCUGUAAACGUGAUGGUUGACCUUGUCAACUGCCUGGAAUACAUGGAAUAUCAAAUCUAGAGAUCAACUUUGGUAUGUUUGAAAUGAUAUUCAAGAAGAAAAUUGACUUUGAAGAUGUGAUCAAUUUUACACAUUCCUAACAGAAGCUGCAUGCUAAGGAGCUCUGUUUUGUCAGUCCAUCGCACGCAACAAACAAGAAUGCUGUUUAGAGAAAUUGUUUGCAUAACAUUGAUGGUAUAAAUCAUUCCAUGUAAAAUAUUGUAAAUCCUGAGUUCCCCGCUUGUUGCUAUAGAUUUUGAAUCUGGAGACACUUUAACUCCUCACAGGACACCUUGGCUAUCAUGCUUUGUUUUGAUGGUAAGCAUAUGGAUAGUUAGAAAUUAAACAUAAGGAUGGGUGAUCCAACUUGUGAUGGGGAGAAGGUUGGAUCAGCAUUGGAUUUUAAGUAAAUGCUCUAGCUGGUAAAUGAAGAGGUUAAAAUAUUUAUGAUUUUCUCGAAAUCUGUGUUGUUAAUGAUGACAGAGGUUGGCUCCUGAGAUGAUGUGGAUGAAAGCUCUGUUUUGUUUACCAAAAAAUGCCAUCUGUAUUUUUACAGGCCAUGAGAGCCAUGUCUUGUGAUUGUGCCCUCAUGGUCGUUACGUGGUUCAGAGGGAUAAGGUGUCACAGCAUCUUCAACACCUCGGACAACUGCAGCAAGUUGGGUCUUUCCUAUGAUUGUAUUUACUUCAAACACCAUCCAGUCUAUGUUACCAGUACUGAUGUCACAAUUCAAGGGAGGUAAUUUGCUGUGGUAGUUUACAGACAGACCACAUGCUAGACUACAAAUUUACCAAAACUGACACCAGCAUUCAAGGGAGGUAAUUCCACUUGGUGGUUUACAGCCUACAACUAUAUGCGAUGUUGAGAAUGAUUCACCAACUGUAAACAUGUUCAAAUGUCUUUGUUCUCAGGUGCUGCCAUCAUCAGUGAAACACAACUGCAUGACAUGAUGAUGGCAUAUUUUUGAACUGAGUAUUAUCAUGUAGACUGUGAUGGUUACCAUGCAUGACAUUUCCAGCAUGAUGCUAUGGGUCAUCAAGGCACUGUACAGGCAUAGCAUCUCAAAAACUCAUUCCUUCCAUCUCAUUCAAUCACCAUUCUAUUCCAUCAUGUAUUUUCUGGAGACAUCAAAAACAUAUUUUUAUCAUUCAUCACUUUCUGCCAAAAUGAUGUACUCUCCACGUCAUUGUUUCGUGAUGUGUUUGAGAAUAGUGUUUGGUGUAGGUUUAGAAUAUACUGUGGAGUGUUUCUGAAGGCCUAAAACAGAUUGUCAUUCCAAUAGACCAUGUGGGCCUACUUACUUACUGAACCAUCUCUAUUGGACUAUUAUUCAAUGAAACAUGUCUACAUGGACUUUGCACUAGUUCAGAAACAUGAGGAAAAGGCUGCCUAAGUCCAAAUGUUGCUGUUUUGAAAUAUUUUCCAAACCUGAUUUUGAGAGCAAUGUUACCAUGGUUACAGGAUUCAACAGAAAUAUUUGCCUGAUUGUGAGAUUGAGAUGACGACAGGUUUUAUUUGUUGUCACAGUGAUAACAUCCCUUCCCUAAUGGUGCUGCCUGGUUACAGAAGGACCUUGUGAACAACUGAACAUGUUUAACCAAAGAUGUACAUGGUGUGUGCACUGUGAUUAAUAUCUUCACAGGCUUUGAUAAGAUGACAAUAUCCCUGUUGUGGAUUACAUGCCUUGAUGUGUGAUUUCUAUUCUUGUUUGAGUGUUUAAUGUUGAUAUUGUAUUCAGAAAUGAUUAGUCACUGAAUAUUUGUGUGAACAUAUAGCUACUGAAAAACAGUGACUAUUGCAGGAUCCCCAGUUAUCCUGUGCAUCCUGUCUCCAUUCUAUUAUGGUAGAUACACUCAACCCAUCCGCCGCCAUCAUAGCUUUGUUUUGUUACCAACUCCAUAUCUCAUCACUUCCUUGGCACAUAAUUCUUUCACUCGUGAGCUUAAAUAAACAAGAAUUCUGUAUUCUGAGCAUGGGUUCGACAGAUAUCAACAUUAAAUAGUGUGAUCUCAUCUCAGCAAGCCCUUGAUAUAUUGAAGCAUGUUAAUCAAAUGAAACGAUUAUCAUAAAUGAUGUUUUCCUGAGUACUAAGACAUGGACAGGAAAGUCUCUAUGCUACCAGGUGUUCAAGUUGCAUUUGAGACAUUACAUUAAAAUGAGUCAAGUACUGCAAGUUUUACCUCUUGUUUUGAUAAGGAAACUGUAAUUUUAUUGAACAGUUAUUUUAGCAUCAUGUCAUGCAAAUGGAACUAAAAAAACAAAGUUAUGGUGGCAAAUGUGUUUAUCAAAAUAGAAUGGAGUAAAUACACUGGGUUAAUGAGAAACUUUCAGUUGCUUCAAGAAUCUAGCAUAAAUAGGAUGGCAGAAUAGAGAUCCUUGUGAACAAUUUAAUGUUUGGUGGCAGUCCCAGGAUGAAAUGUUAUCAAAAGGUUCAUGUGUAGCAUUAAAUAUUUACAUACUAAACCUAACAGUAUGUCGGCUUCUGUGGACUUGAAAGACUGAACCAUGUAACCUCAUACUUCCAUUACCACAUGUCACAUUUGCCAUCAAUUCAACUUGAACCUACCUCUUGUGGUAUAAAUUUCUGCAGAUACUGCCUUUCUCAUGUUACUAGAACGAACCUAAUGGCCUGCUCUUCCCUCUUCCUCAUAUUCUUAUACAUUCAUAACAUGCUGCCUAAAGACCUGCAUACCUUAGAUAAUGGCAGUAACUGCAUCCUGAGUCCUUGCUACAUACACAAUUAAACCUAUAUUCUUGGUUCUCAGUCAAAGACAGUAUCUGCUGUGACAGCAAGACCAUGUUAGAUAUUGGUUUAUGGAUGUGCUGACUAUAUAAAAUAUAUGUUAGAGGAAAGGCAAGGUGAUUAGCACUAAAUACACCUAAAAGGAAAACUAGACUAGCCCAAGGCAUAAUUCUGAUAUCUCUGAUGAUAAAAAAAUAAAGCCAUUGGCGACACGAUAAGAAAAGUCAAGCUGAACGUUCAUGGAUAUUGAGUUCACCUGUAGUCCUGUCUACAGAUCUCAUCUAUUACUGGUAUACCCAAGACAAUCUGGGUAGAAUGAACAUUUCUAACUGUUGUCAGACUUUACGAGAGGGUAUGAAAGCACUUCCACCAAGUAUGGUAUCACAAGUUUGAAUCUGUUUGAUUCAGAUGGUCCUUGUAAUACCACUUCUAUAAGAUCAUAAUAUCUUUGCCUUGAACAAUGCACCUUACUUAAAUACAAAUGGAAACACCCAAGAAUAUAAGGUUAUUGACAACAACCUUGGAGAAUAAAGGAUUUGCCUCAGAAACCUCAGCACACAUAUUAGAUGAAACAUUUCCACCCUGAUGACCCACAAAAUUGCAGUGGAUAGGAGUGUUUUUUUUCUUAAUUCCUCAUUGAUGUCUUAACAUUUAUUAUUUGUGAAAAGUUUACUUCUUAACUGUGUGGGUGGUAUUUUGAUGAGUUGUGCCGAUACCAGUUAAGUAUUUCAUCAAAACCACUGAGCAGUUCAAAACGGUGACAAUACCACUGCCCUCCUCGCCUGUAACAGGUGCUUCCAUGUCUUGUCGGACUCCAUGUCCAACUGUCUGUACAUUACAACUGUCUGGCUGUCUGAUAGAGUGACUGUUAGAGGACUGUUUAUGUUCUGAUGAUAUUGUCAGAUAUUGUCCUCCUGAUGUACUAGUGUGAUACAUGUUAGGACUGUCAAUUUGUUUUCCUGGCGAUUCUAUGAGCGCUUUCAGAAAUCAGCUUUGCUGGAAGUUCUUGUACAAUAUCCAGCCUGGGUUUUCUCAAGCAGGUUUUGUCAGUUUGUCUACUGUCCGAUGGAUGGUUCCCCACUACUCUGUUACGAACCAAAGCUAUUAACUGUGUCAAACCUAACUGGUUGUGCCUCCGAAGUGCUAAGAAGAAAUAACUAGUUGUUGCAUCUGUUAUAUCACAGUACCUUGUUCCCUGUACAUAGUGUCAGCCUUGUUUCAACCUAUGGUAAUGUGUGACCGUUCACAUGGCCAAUUGUUUGUAUGUUGCUGUAUAGCAUAACAUAUUCAGAUGGAAAGUUUAGAUAUUUAUUCAUUGAAUACAUGUUUAAACCAUGUUGUAAUUUAUCAAAUAUACCUACAUUUCUACAUAAUAUUCUGCAUGCUUUUUGUUUUGUAAAACAUUUGAACUUUUUUCACCUUGUGAUUUGUGCACCAGGUUUCUUGAGCAGGUAGAGCAGCAGUUUUCUCAUCGAUAGGUUUUGUUUCUUUUGCACAUCGAAAGAUCUCUAUUUGAAAGUUUGAUGGCUCUGGGUUCAGUUAUUUCUAACUUUGCUUGUGGUGUGAAUGUAGUAGUGUGAAUUAGUGUUGUCAUGCUAUGAAGGCAGCUACUGUGUACUACUACCUUAUUGUCAUGUCUGUGUCAGUCAAGAAAAUGUUAUGAUACAUGGUGAAAGAGUGCUGACAGGACAAUCUCAUCAUUCUGUGUGGUGUCACCUGAGCAUCCUCACAUUAACUGCUGCACACACAUCCCUUGCAGUGUAUCGCUGGAUACUGUUCAAUCAAUCAUCUCAGUGGAGAAAAGUCAACCAAUCAAUAAUUUUAUGCAAGCUAUGGCGGCAUUGGGGACCCAUUCAUCUAAAGUGAUGCAAUUCACUUGGCAGAAAUGUGUCCCUUAUGAUCGUGUAUAUUGACACCUGGAAUACAAUUGUUGGUUUCUCAGCACCUUACCAUUGCUUGGUGGUUUCACGAAAGUGGGAAAUGUUGAGGACUGCUUCACCUUGGGCUUUCCUCCCUCGCUACGCUGUGAUAUAACUGAAAUACUGUUCUUAGCAGCUUUAUUAUUUUAAAUUUCAGUGAUUGAUGGUUAUGCAUUCUCUGCUCCAAGAGGUAGUCUGGAAGUGGAACAUAGCACUUUGGACAUCUAUGGUGUGACUUCUGUAAUGCUGACUCAGUCAGACACUCGUCCAGUCACUGAUUCCCUAUAGCACGAAUACGGUGUUAGCGUUGGGCGUCCCAAACGUGCAUGAUUCCCGUGCACCCUUUCGAGUUGAGUUGAUUGGUUCAACUGUGUCAUAUUGGCCCUGUGACGCAGGGGUAGCAUUAUGCAGAUGGCUGUUUCAAUGAAUGCUCGUUCCACCCGUGACGAACAGGUCUGGUUGUUGAUGAAAUAUAGUGAUAGCUAAAUACACAGAUUUUUUAUUCAUGCACCGAUUGUCUUUAAAUGUAAUAUCUAGUUGUGUAUGACUGUUUAAUAAUCUCAUGCCAACUUUGACUGGAGUAGGUCCGAGAGUUUUGCAGAUAUUGUAGUAAACAUCGGUACCUUAAAUUACCUUCCAGACUUUACACAAGGUGAUAAUGUGCCACAUAUUUUUUCAUAUCAGGUCAUCUGUCAUAUCUGAGGAAAACAUGCCUUUCAGUGAAUUCAAAAGAAAAGGCAUGGACAAAAUUUGUCAAAGAUUAUCGGAAUAACACCGAUAUACCAAGACCUUGACUAUGGGGGAUUGGGUGAUACAAGUCAUUCCGUUGAUGUGAGAUGCAGCUCGGUAACACCAGAUAUAUUGAGUAUUGUGUAUCAUACUAUACAGGGACUCCCAUGUUAACACACCUAUUCACCCACCAUAUGAACAUGUCAGUGUAAGAGUUCUCAUUAGUUCUUUAUUUCAACAUGACUUAUUACCACCAAAGAUCUGAAAUCAUAAGCUCAUUAUGUGAUGGUUAUGCGUGUUGUGUGCAUGUGGCUCCAGCAUUACACCAGUCUGAGGAGAGGUAGUGAGUGAGAGUGAUAUCUGCAUGGUUAAUGUGUUUGUUUCCAUCAUUUGCUUGUCACCUUUUUGAUUAGAUACGGGUAGAAGAUGCGGACAUAAUGGUGCUUCGUCUCUCUGGUUUCCUGGUACUCUCAAGCUUUAACAGUGGGUAGUUGUAGUCAGUUGUGCUUCUAGGACAUACACAUCAUAAUGUCUGGCUGUGCUGGUAGGAAUUGAAGAAGGAGAUAUGUUUACAAUAGGAUUUUGUAUUUAAUUUAAGAAUUUUUAAGUUUGCAAUUUGAAAUAAUUCUUUUUUGUUAUUUAAGAAUUUUGUUUAAAUUUGUAAUAGCUUUUAAAUGUAUUUUCAAGUUUAUGUUAUGCAUGAUAAUUCAUGAUUUAUGUUACAGGAUUUGCGGCGGCUGCAUAGUAUGUCUGUGUGAUACUCAUUAUACAUAUGCAUCAACUUCAUAUUACCCUGAUUGCAUGUCAAACUAUCAUUGUCAAACAAGACGAUAUCAUUUUCCAGGAGUAUUUUAUGUGAAGUACUUGUUUUCAAUGCCUUAUCAACUUGUACAGAAAAGUCAAAGAAUUUUGUAAAUACUAAUAAUAUAUAGGAUCAUUUUCAUGUUAUUUUUGUCAUGCAAUAUACUGAUUUGUAUGGAGUAUUUUGUCAUGUUUGUGUAUUUCAGCAGGGUUGCUGUGAGAGAAGAGAGAGUGUGAUGUACAGUGACUCUAUCUGGUGUCUCCAAAACACUGAGAUUAAAACCAGAUUUUACAUGA